UAAAAGAAAGAGAGAGAAUAGUGAGGAGCAUGGUGGAGUGGUAAAGAGACUGAAACUGGCCUCGUCUAUGCUGUAUUGGGCAGUUAGGGGAAUACAAAGAUCUUUGAACAUCUCCUUCUUUAUUACCUUUUUGCAACACCUACCUAUUUUUCUCUCUCACUCGUCGUAGGUUUGAUUUUUCUUUUCUUUUCUUUUCUCUUUUCUUCUCUCAGUUCACAAUACUCACAACCUCCUCCUUCGACGACUUCUCUUUUCCUUAUCUCCAUUUUUUUAUUCUCAAACAAAAGAGAGAGAGAGAGAGAGAGAGACAUACAACCAAAGCAAGCUGAACGGGGAACAAGACAGAGCCCAAAGUUUAAAUUUCUUUUGCAGGCAAGCCAAAAUAAUUUCUUUUUUUCUUUUCUUCUUUAAUUUUUCUUUUCUUUUACCUGAGAGUGGGAAUCAGAAAUCUGGGUUACUUUGUCUUCUUUUUUUCUUUCUCGCUAAUGCCUGUGUAUAAGACGGUCUAGCCCUCUAUCUAGCUGAGAAGCCAAGAAUCUGUGCGCUUUUUUAACAAUAACGAAGAACAAAGCAAAGGGAGGUUAAGAAUGUGGGAUCUGAAUGACUCCCCCGAUCAGAGGAAGGACUACGAAUCUGAAGGCUGUUCUUCCUUAAAGAAUUCCAUCGAUUGUGAUGAUGAUAAAGGCAAGAGGGUCGGAUCUGUUUCCAAUUCAAGCUCCUCUGCAGUGGCCAUCGAAGAUGGAUCGGAAGAAGAAGAAGACGAUGGAAGCAAAACGUUGAAGAAAAGAAGCAGUAAGAUAUUCGGGUUCUCAGUGACCCAUGAUGAGUCCAUGGAUAGUGACCACCUACCGGUCACCCGGCAGUUUUUCCCGUUGGAGGAGUCUGAGAUGACCGUUCCCUCCGAGGGCGGUGCUAGUGGUGGUGGAAGCUCUUCCUUCCCUCGAGCUCACUGGGUAGGAGUGAAAUUUUGUCAAUCAGAAACACUCGGCGCCGGAAAAUCAGUUGAAGCAUCGCAGCCGAUGAAGAAAAGCCGGCGAGGACCAAGGUCGCGGAGCUCACAGUAUAGGGGAGUUACCUUUUACAGAAGAACAGGUCGAUGGGAGUCUCAUAUAUGGGAUUGUGGAAAACAGGUAUAUCUGGGUGGAUUUGACACAGCACAUGCAGCUGCUCGUGCAUAUGAUAGAGCGGCCAUUAAGUUCCGGGGAGUAGAGGCAGACAUAAACUUCAACAUACAAGACUAUGAUGAAGACUUGAAGCAGAUGAGCAAUCUAACCAAGGAAGAGUUUGUGCACGUACUUCGCCGACAAAGCACUGGAUUUCCGAGAGGAAGCUCCAAAUAUAGAGGUGUAACUUUGCAUAAGUGUGGAAGAUGGGAAGCUCGAAUGGGCCAAUUUUUAGGCAAAAAGUACGUUUAUCUGGGUCUGUUUGACACCGAGAUUGAAGCUGCAAGGGCGUAUGACAAAGCAGCAAUAAAAUGUAAUGGCAAAGAGGCCGUCACCAAUUUUGAUCCCAGCAUCUAUGAUAAUGAGCUUAAUUCUGAAUCCUCAGGUAACGCUGCAGAUCACAAUUUGGAUUUGAGUUUGGGCAAUUCGAGCUCCAAACAUAGCAACAGUCAAGCAUUGGGGCAUCACACCCCAAAUGUUGCAACUGAUCAGCAUAUGCCACCUGAAUCCAAUUGGCUGAAUGGGGGAAGCAAGAAUAAGGUUCAACUGGUGAAUAUACUACCAAAACCAUGUAAUAGAAGCAACAUGGAAGCCCAUGCAAGCCCAAGGGAUGGGCACGGGGAGAGUGAAGCCUUGCGGCUGCUAAGUCAAACUCACCUUCAAUCUCCAGCCUCAAAUGAAAUGCAUAGAUAUGGUCCUUACAGGUCACCUGGAGAGCCUCAAAGGCUUCACAAUUUUGCCCAUCUUCACCUACCAAAUUUUCAUGUUCCCAGCAGCAGCAGCAAUGGAGGCCGUAUUGGAAGUGAUCUUUCAUUAUCAAUGUCGGAGCAACAACAAUGGCAACUGGGGCCUCCGCAUUUGUUAGCAACUGCUGCAGCAUCAUCAGGAUUCCCACCGCAGAUAAGACCCUCUCAAGGUUGGCUGCAGAAAAAUCGGUUCCACACUUUAAUGAGACCCUAGGCUCCUGACCCUUAAGAAUAUUUCUUCUACCUCCUUGCCAUUAAUUUGCAUUCAAAUAAUCUUUUCUUUUGUGAGCAUGUAAAAAUGAAUGCAGUUUAGAUUAUUGUUUAUGUCGAACCUCCCUCCCCCUCCUUUAGGAUGCCCAUAUACAAAAACCAUAACUUUACUAUUGAGGUGAAAGAAGGGAUAAAAGAAAAAGAAAAAAAAUUUAAUAAAGGAAAGCCAAAUUGGGAACUCAUUGGUCUUGGUCUUGGUCCGGAUCAGUCAAACUAACAAACGGACGAAAUCUUUUAACUAGAUACUAGAUAUUCUGGGCUCUGACUAAAAUUUCUGUUCUUAUAAAACUAUGAUUUAUUACAUUUCUGCGUUAUGGUAUUUAUGACAGCACCUAUUCGUUUCUUAAUUUGGCAUGUAUUGCUAUCACAUACACAUGGGGUUGUCAAUUUGUUUCUUAUUUCUGUU